AUGUCUCUAGCAGUAAUGUUCUCCUUAUUAUUUCAUCUUUUGAUUUUAACAUCUCAAAUAGCUGCCCUUGAUAAGGGAAUAUUUACAAAUCUUCUUUGUAGACUAGCUGAUGAAAUAACCAAUGCAAUAAAUAGUAUAAAAGCAUCAGCUAAUAGCCUAUCGUGUGAAAUUAAUACAAAAAAACAAGAAAUUAGAGAUUUUUAUAAGGAAUUUGUUAACCAAACGCUUGAAAAAAUAUUGCACUACAUUCCUUUUUCUGAUGAAACUGUGUUACCUAUUGACACGACAGAAAGUUCAGAAGAAAUAACCGAAACGAUAGAAAUAUCUACAGAAACGACGCCCGAGAUGGAAACUAUAACAUUUACAGAAACAGAACAAGAUUCAACAUAUGAAACAGAAACGACUCCAUACACUGAAACCGAAACAACAGAUUUUACAGAGACAUCGCAAACAACUACAAUGGUGACAACUCCAACAACGGUGACUACAUCUAAAACAAUAAAAACGGCAAAAACAACACCACGUUUAGUACAAAAGCCAACUAGGAUAAAACCAAUAACAGCGACAAGGUCAACAACAAUGAUGACUCCCAAACCAAAGUUAAAAAUUGUGACAACAACACCAAAUCUUACCUCAACAAAAAUUAUGACUACGCCGAGAACAAUAUGGAAGCCAAAAACAGCAAAAACACCAGCAGUACUAAUUUUUGUGUCAGCAAACCCAAUAAUAGUGACGAAACAAACACCAGUUUUUGCACCAACAAAAGCAACUACGACUAUAAAAUUGACAAAACCAACAACAGUCAAAACACCCAAAGGACGUGUUUUCGUGUCAGCAAAUCCAAUAACGAUUAAGACACAAAAGACAAUGAAAGGAACAACUACUCCAAUAAAAAUUACAACACCAGUAACAGUUAAGAAACCAGGAGUAGGUGUUUUCGUGUCACCAAAUCCGAUAAUAGUAACAAAACGAACAACACUAAAGGCAGUCCCAACAAGAACACCUGCAACAACACUUAUGACAAUGCCAACGAGAACAACAAUGAAGACACCAACAAGGGUAGUAAUGUCAACGACCGUGAAAGUACCAAAGACAACGACGACUCUGAAAAUACCAAAGACCCCAACAACUCUAAGAAUACCAAAGACCUUGACUACUUUGAGGUUACCAAGAACAAUUAGCAAGGGUCCUUCUAUCGUAGUAAGAAGAAUGUCGUUACCAAUGAAUAAAGAUAAAAAGAUUGAUAACCUUAGUGGCAAAUUGUUAGACAGAUCAGUUCAGUUAGAUUUAGUAAAUAUUCAUGGGUACAAAUCAGAAACUCAUACUGUAGUAACUCCUGAUGGGUACUUAUUAACUUUACACAGAAUAAUGCCAAAAUCCAAAUUCACGGGAAGAAACAAUAACAAAACUGUAAUUUUACUUCAUGGCUUGCUAGGAAGCUCUAUAGAUUGGAUUUUACUAGGACCAAAACAUUCUCUUCCAUACAAGUUGAUCAACGCUGGAUACGAUGUGUGGUUACCUAAUGUUAGAGGAAAUUCGUAUUCUAGAGCACAUGUAAGUAAAAGUAUACAUUCUGCUGAAUUCUGGGACUUUUCAUGGCAUGAAAUUGGGCUGUACGACUUAUCUACUAUAAUAGAUUACAUUAGAGAAAAAAAUUCUGUAAAAAGCCAAAUAAUUCUUGUAGCUCAUUCAAUGGGUGCUACUGCAUUAAUGGUUCUUCUAUCAACAUCUCCCCAUUAUAAUUCGAUAUUAAGUUUUGUCAUUCUAUUAGCUCCGUUGGUAUUCAUGCAGCAAGCGAAAGGUCCGCUUCGCCUUCUUUCAGAAUUCAAGAGUUUAGAUCACAACGCGACAUUAAAGAUAUUAGGUGAACGUAGUUUUAAUCCAGUCGACUCAUUCAUGAGAGUCGCUAGAAAGAAAUUUUGCAAAGAAGACGCGAUAUUAUGUUUGCAUCCAUUGUUUUUGCUUACCGAUGGAGGCAAAACAAUAAAAAAUAAUAGGCACAGGAAAAAUAUAUUAACAAACAUGAGAACUGGAGGUUCUGUAAAGACAAUCCUGCACUUUUGUCAACUAAUAAAAAGCGGCCAAUUUGAAAUGUACGACUUAGGAUCUACAUAUAAUCUUAAAAAAUAUGGCACAGUCUCUCCACCAAAAUAUCAUUUACGUGACAUUAAACUGCCUAUGGCGUUGUUUAACUCGCAUAACGAUUGGCUAUCCACAGUGCCAGAUAUUCUAAAUUUAAUGUCACAACUUUCAAAUGCAGUAAGUCAUCAUGUAGUACAAUUAUCAUCUACUGAAUUUAAUCACCUUGAUUUUGUUUUAGGCAUGAACGCACCGAAAUUAGUAUAUAAACAUGUUUUUGAUGUUUUGGAUCAAUUAUUUUGA